UUUUGUAGGUUCAACCACGAGGUAUUAAUCAAUGUGUAAGGUUAAAUUUGCUGGAAAGUGAUGUAUUCGAUCAAUUAUUUGAGCAAAACCAACCAUCGCCUAAUAAAAUACAACGAAUGCAAGAUCAACGACGACAAUUAGAAGAAGAACGUCGGCAAGAAGAGCUGAAACAAGAAGAAGAACGACGACAACAACAACUGGUAGAACAAAGGCUUCAGCAAGAAGAAAAGGAACUGCAAUAUGCAGAACAAGAACGCCAACGAAAAAUAUUAAAAAAACAACGACGUCAAAAAUUAUUAGAAGAACAACGUUUGCAAGAAGAAAAAGAACUGCAACACGCAGAACAAGAACGCCAACGAAAAACAUUAGAAGAACAACGACGCCGAAAACUAUUAAAAGAACAACGUUUGCAAAAAGAAAAAGAACUGCAAUAAAAAGAACAACGACUACGACAACAACUACAAUUAUUAAAUCAACAACGACAGAAUCAAGGUGAUAAUGAAGACCAGGACGACGAGGAAAACCUCGAUAUAACUGAUCCUGUUCAUAUUGGCGGUCAAAUAUAUAUACCAAGCUAUUCUUACAACGAAGCCUUCCGAACAUAUAAGCCAUCAAAAUUUAUAACAUUAAUGUCCCACGCUAUAUGGGGAUCCAAAGCUCUCGCUCGUCGAGCGAUCAAAAUAUCAUCAACAAACCAACACAAAUUACCUUUAACACCGAAGAAGUUGGUAGUAUUAGAGAAUCAAUAUAAGAAAUUUCUGAAAGAACGGAAUUUAUCGAAGGAUAUGAUUGCUGUCGAAAGAGCUGCUAUUAAUACAUAUUUAGGAAGAUCUAUAUCGAGUGCUGAAAAGAAAGUAGCUCAACAGAACGAAAAUCGUAACGACCAUGUGUCAACUUAA